AUGGUCCAGGCGGCUAUUGAUGUGAAAGUUACUAUUGAAAGGGGUGGUAGGAGAGCGGUCCUGUGCGUCGUCGCCAUGCCUUUCGAGGUUCUCCACGCAUCCGGCGAUUUGAAAGCCCUCAGCUUCCUGGUGAAUGACUGUCACCUCAUCCACAACAACGUGUGUACGUCUGCCAUCUUCAUUGAUCGCGCUGGCGAGUGGAAACUAGGAGGUUUGGAUUACACGUGCUCGGCUCAGGGGGACGUCGCUGUGACACGGAAGGGGGUCCCCGAAUUGGAAAAGUAUGACCCUCCCGAGUGGCUAGACAGUAGCAAAAGCACGGGAGAGAAAUGGUCAGCUGACAUGUGGCGCCUCGGCUGCUUGAUCUGGGAAGUCUUCAAUGGCCCCCUGCCCCGAUCAUCCUCCCUCAGGUCUCUUGGCAAGAUCCCCAAGUCCUUGGUCCCCCAUUACUGUGAGCUGGUUGGUGCCAACCCCAAACUGCGGCCCAAUCCUGCCAAGUUCUUGCAGAACUGCCGCAGUCCAGGUGGCUUCAUGGACAACAGUUUCGUGGAGACCAACCUCUUUUUGGAUGAGAUCCAGAUAAAGGAGCCUGCUGAAAGGCAGAAGUUCUUCCAGGAGCUCAGCACCAACCUGGAUGCCUUUCCAGAGGACUUUUGCCGCCACAAGGUUCUUCCGCAGCUGCUUACGGCGUUUGAGUUUGGAAAUGCUGGCGCCGUCAUCCUCACCCCGCUUUUCAAGGUGGGGAAGUACCUGAAUGCCCAGGAUUACCAGCAGAAAAUAAUUCCCGUAAUUGUCAAGAUGUUCUCUUCCCCGGACAGAGCCAUGAGGAUACGGUUACUGCAGCAGAUGGAGAACUUCAUCCAGUACCUGAAUGAGCCCACUGUCAACAACCAGAUUUUCCCCCAUGUGGUACAUGGUUUUCUGGACACCAACCCAGCCAUUCGCGAGCAAACAGUGAAGUCCAUGUUGCUUCUGGCUCCCAAGCUGAACGAAAACAACCUCAACGUGGAGCUCAUGAAGCACUUUGCCCGCCUCCAAGCCCGGGAUGACCAGGGGCCCAUCCGCUGUAACACCACGGUGUGCCUUGGCAAGAUCGGACCCUAUCUCAGUGCCAAAACAAGACAGAACAUCUUGAUAUCAGCUUUCAGCCGCGCUACAAAGGACCCCUUUGCUCCCUCUCGGGCCGCCGGAGUCUUGGGUUUUGCGGCCACCCACAAUUUUUACUCUAUGAAAGACUGUGCCUUCAAAAUCCUGCCAGUGCUGUGUACGUUGACGGUGGAUCCGGAGAAGACUGUUCGGGAUCAGGCCUUUAAGGCAAUCCGAAGCUUCAUGGCCAAACUGGAAAAAGUCUCUGAAGAUCCAGACCUGCUUUCUGAGCUUGAGAAGGAUGUCCAGGCUGCCUCUGCCAAUCCAGGGGCCGGGGGAGCAGCUACCUGGGCAGGCUGGGCGGUGACUGGGGUCUCAUCUCUCACGUCAAAGCUGAUCCGGACCAAUAUGGGGACAGGGCAAGCCACAGAACAGGCAGCUGAGGAUGUCCCGGCCAACACGACCCCAGAGCCCCUCCGGUCAGGAGUCAAGGAACCCCCUGCUACUGUCACCCCAGCUUCUGUUUCACCAAGCCAGUGGGACCUAGAGGAAGAUGCAGUUGAGGAGGAAAGUUCGACAGAUCGAUGGGACGACGAGGACUGGGGCAGUUUGGAGCAAGAGACUGAGCAGACGAAGAGACAAGCCGGCUCUGAUGACUGGAACACCCCGAGCUGGUUAGAGCCAGCCUCAUCAGCCAAAAAAUCUGGAAGCAGGACAACUGCCUCGGCCAUCUCUGUGAAGCCAGAAUCUGACUGGAGCGCCUCUGCCUGGGACCUGGAGCCGUCUUGGGGCCACAAGAAGGGACACGGCUCUGCAGCGGAGGAGGUGUGGCAGGGCGGCAGCAGGGAAGGGGACGCUGGCUCCGGUCUGACCCGAAAAGCUGCCCUGUCUGCCCCGGAAGGGACCAGGCUGGCUAGCGAGUACCACUGGGAGAGCGUCACCCCGGCGGACAAGCUGGACCCUUUCUCUUCUCUGGUUGCGAAGCCAGUAGCAGAGAGGCAGAGAAACACAGAGACCCUCGGGGACUGGGGCCUUGAGGACAACUGGGAGGCGCUGGACUCUGACCAAGGGCCCAGCAAGGCUGAACUGGCACGAAAGAAGCGGGAGGAACGGAAGCAGGAGAUGGAGGCCAAGCGGGCCGAGAGGAAGGCAGCCAAAGGACCCAUGAAGCUGGGCGCCAGGAAAUUGGACUGACACCCCCCCUCUUUUUUUUUUGAAAAGUGAGGGCAGCUUGAAGCGCUUGAAAGACAAGAGAAGCCAAGCGUGGCGUGUCAAGGGGUUUCCUCCUCCACGUUGCUUCUUUUUCCUAAAAGAAGAAGACAGAGUUUCUACACUUCCUCUGACAGGGGCUCGUCUCAGGCGCCAUUCCUUUCCUGAGCCCCUCACACUUUCCUCGGCCGAGGCCAUGCCAAGAAGCUUCCCGAGUUCCCUGGCAAAUCCCUCUUUCCUCUCACGGACAAGACUUGAACACAGGACCAGGGGGGAGAGUGGGGGGGGGAAACAGAUUUUUCUCUCCAUAAGGUAGUUAUUUUGUACAGCAGCAGGUUUCCAGUAUGGUUAUAUGUGUAUGUAAUACUUGCCUGUUUCAAAGGUUUAUGCAGAACAAAGACAAAUAAAUUAAUUCUUUAAGGAAGGUAGCACA